AUGUUAUCUUUGUCGCAUUACUCAUUGAAUCAUCAGCAACACCAUCCGCAGGUUCCCAUGAGUCCAAUCACGUCACCCAAGCCGGCAGUGGUGCAGUUAACAGAUAUCGAGCAACAGAGCCAGUAUCUCCACCAGCAGCACCAGCAGGCUGCAGUCACGUUGCCCUCGAUCCACUCGUUGAACAUUCCCUCCUUUCCUCCACUUGAGAAAAACUACACAUUACAACACCACCGGGGCAACUUUGCCCACGUGAGCCACUCUGUUUCGCCCCAGCAGCCUUUUCCAAGCUUACAGGCUCUGGUCACGACUCCCUCUCCGGCUUUGGCGCCGCUCUAUCACUCGCACAGCCUCAGCAGCCACUCGCACUUGGAACACGAAGAUGGCGGCGGCGGCGCAGCAGCCACAACAGGAGCCGCAAAUGAAGACGAAGAAGAAGAGGAAAUUGGCACUCAUGAAUCAACCGUGCCUUCCCCUUCAACUUCUCCCUUUCCCGACCAGAGAAAGAACCCCACUUGGAAACCAAGAAAAAAGAGACAAUGCCCCGAGUGCAAAUUGCACUUCAGCAACUUGGCUACCCACAAGUCAACCCACUUGAACCCGACGAAUAGACCUCACAUUUGCGAAUACUGCCAGCGCGGAUUCGCGAGACCCAACGAUUUGUUCAGACACACAAAGUGUCACUGGAAGGAGAUUGGUAGCGACAAGGGCCAGUUCAAAUGCCCCUUCAAGAGCGAAGGAGCCAGCAAGGAUGCCGACCACCACCACCAGCAGCAACAGCAGUGCUGCCACAACACGGGCAUGUUUAGCAGAUGCGACACUUUCAAAAAUCACUUGAAAGCCAUCCACUUUCAAUACCCCAACGGCACCAAAAAAGAGCUGAGAUCGAAAGUCAAGGGCAGGUGCCGGCUGUGCCAGAUGGAGUUUGACAAUGUCGACAUCUGGCUAAAGAGCCACAUCGACACCAAGCAGUGUAACCGAAUGGUAUUCCACGAGUAA